AUGAUGGCUAAUAAAAAUGAUGAGCAUCAUCUGUUGACACAAAAAUUAAUAAAUAUGAAACCAACAGCAGAUGUACACAAUAUUUUACCAUCAGUUCCGAUGAAUUCAAGUAGAGAUUCUAAACGUCAUCGAGCAAUAUCUCAACCAGACGGAUCUACACUAUACACGGUUAGUAGUACUGAUACAUUAGAAAAGGUAGCACUUCAUUUUAAUUCAACACCAUCGGCAUUAGUUAAACUCAAUAAACUAAAUACACGUACUCUUUAUCCUGGACAAAUAUUAUUUGUACCUGAUGAAAAUUCAUCAAAGAAUUCAAAUGAACAACAAUCAACAACUGUUAUUCCUCCUGUUCCUACGGAUACAAACUUAUCUUCACCAUUAACAAAAACUAAAGAUAGCGAUGCAUUUAUUCUUAAAGAUAAUCGUUCAUCAAGUGUAUCGUCUUCUUCGCCACCUCAUCAUUCAUUACAAAAAGAUUUGGGUCCUAUGGUUUGGUCAAUGACUCGAAAUAUAACAGCACGACCAGGUCAUGCUGAACGAUUAAAAAGUGAUUCAACUAAUGAAGAUGAACCAUUAUUAAAAACAAAUGAAGAUCAUUUAAAAACCUCGAACGAAGAUAAUAGUAAACAAAUGAAAACAUUACAAAAGUCUGUGUCAAUAGAUAAAAGUCAUCGGGUAGAUAAUGAAUGCUUACAACGUUUUAUUAAAGUUAAUGUACGAUUAAUGACUGAAGAUCAUGAAAGUGUCGCCGGUACUUUACUUGUCACACCUAAUGCAGUUAUGUUUGAUCCCGAUGUACUCGAUCCAUUGGUUAAAGAACAUGGUAUUGAGAAAUACGGAUUGAUAAUACGAAUGGAUUAUCUUGCUGGUAUUAGUUUAUAUGAAGAUUUAGCAAUAUAUGAACAUGAAGCAACAUUCCAUGAUGAAGAAAAACGAAAAAUGUAUCAUUCAACAAGUUUAAAAAGUUUUCAACAUUCUCUAAAACAUCCAACAAUUAAUAAAGAUGAAGAGGAUAUUCAUGAUUUAAUGUCAUGUUUAUUAGAUAAAAUUGAUAAAGAAUUAAAUCCUUCAUCCAUAUCAAAUGAAACAUAUAUGUUAUUUAAUGCAGCAUCAACUAUUAAACGACAAAUGUCAUUGAAUUCACCAGAUAAUAAUUAUAAUGAUGAAACAUUUCUUCCAACACCAACAGAGGAUAAUUUUUUAGAUGAUUCAUUACAAUUAUCAAAUGAUUUACUUCAACCACUUGAUGAUUAUAAACAUUCAAUUGGAAUUUUACUUGAUGAUGAUGAUGAUGAUAAUGAUAAAAAUAUAAAUAUAAAUCUUCAUCGAAUACCAUCACAAGGAUGUGUUUUGAAAAAUUAUGUACCACUUGAUCAAUUUACUAAACGUUUUGGUGAAAUCGACGAAUUAUUACGUAAACAACAAGAGAAUUAUUUUGCUCCACACCAUAUUGAAAUACCUUAUUAUUUAUGUAUAAAAACAAGUAUUCAUGCACAUGAUAUACCAUCAUUACGUGCAAAACAAUAUAAAAAGAAUAGUGAAAAAUUUAAUGAUAAUGUUUAUGGAAGAAAACAACUUAAACAAGAAUAUUGGUUUUCUGUACCUAAAGAGAAAACUGGUCCUUUACAUUCAUUUUUUCUUCGCUGGACGCCUGAACGUGCAUUAGAUCCAUUAAUUGAUGAUGAUAAACAACCGUUAGAUAUUCAUCAAAUAAACUCGAAUAAUCAAUCUUCAAGUAAAGGUUUUGUUUUAUUAACUGAUGAUAAUCCUCAAUUGACUACUGAUUAUUCAACAUGUCAAAAUGUAAGAAACCAAACAAAAACCAAUGAACACCAAAAACGACCUCAUUAUCUAUCACGACAAAAUACAUUGCUCAAAGAUUGGGAGGUAAGAAUAGCAAUAUUCUUAAAUAAUUAA